CGUCGUUAUCUGUAUGUUUGGCUUUUUCCAACAUAAUUCUACGUAUGAUGGACGCUUUCUGACGAUUCGAUUCUUCUUAAUAAAAUUUACUAUUAAAUCUCGAGAUAUAUUAGCUCUACACUUUCAAUAAAGUUUAGUGGAUUAGCCAAAUCUACACUUUGUCGUAUUACGCAUAACCGUAUACCUAUACUUCCAUAAUAACCAUAAUUAUAAUUUGAUAUACAUAGAACUGUAAAGGUGUAUAAGUGUUUGAUAGUGAGACUUAUUUUUUGUGAUGUGCAUCAUUGAACUCAUAGCCUGAUAUCUCUAUACAUGCGUCCAUUUUAAUUUAAUGCGCAUAAAAUCCAAGUGUUUUUAUUAAUACCUACUGUAUACAAUUCGGGUAAAACGAAAGUGUUUUUUCUUUAAUCGUUAUGUCAAUUAUGUUUCGAAAAUUAGGGAUUCUCAUUAAAUCUAUUGAAAAAAAUAACAUUCGUGAAAAAGUGAGAUGUGCAUCGACACUACCGCAAUUGUCUUCGGAAAAAUACAACAUAAAACGAAAACAAUUUAGCAACGUUGAAUCGACAGACGUUAAUUAUUUCAAGAGAAUCCUUGGCGAAGAGAGGGUGUUAACAGAAGAGACCGAUGUUAUGCCAUACAACAUAGAUUGGAUAAAAAAUUGUAGGGGACAAUCAUCUGUCGUCUUAAAGCCAAAGAGUACAGAAGAAGUAUCGAAUAUUUUGAAGUAUUGUAAUGAGAGAAGAUUAGCAGUAUGCCCACAAGGUGGAAAUACAGGAUUGGUUGGAGGUUCAGUUCCAGUCUUUGAUGAAAUCAUAAUAAAUUUUACACUAAUGAAUAAAGUCAUUAGUUUGGAUGAAAUAUCAGGGGCCCUUAUUUGUGAAUCCGGCUGUAUAUUAGAAAAUUUAGACAAUUAUGUGCGUGAUCGUAACCUGAUUAUGCCUUUGGAUCUUGGCGCUAAAGGAACAUGUCAAAUAGGAGGAAAUGCAAGUACCAACGCAGGUGGUCUGAGGUUGUUACGAUACGGGAAUCUUCAUGGCUCAAUUUUAGGUAUAGAAGCAGUGAAAGCAGACGGCACCGUUAUAGAUUGUCUUAAAGCGUUAAAGAAGGACAACACCGGUUACCACUUAAAACAUUUAUUCAUAGGUUCUGAGGGCACUUUAGGUGUUAUUACAAAAGUGGCUGUCCACUGUCCCGCUUUACCAAAAGCUGUAACACUUGGAUUUUUUGGAGUAGAGAACUUUGAAAAUAUUCUGCAAUUAUAUAGAAGUGCUAAAACUUCGUUAGGAGAGAUACUUUCGGCAUUCGAAAUGGCAGAUUUCGAAGCAAUAAACACAACCGUGAAAAAUCUCAAAUUACCUAAUCCGAUCGCAGAUUAUCCAUUCUACGUGUUAGUGGAAACACAUGGUAGCGAUGAGGGGCAUGAUAGCGAAAAGCUAUCACGUUUUUUAAGUAAGGAGAUGGACUCAGGCCUCAUUUUGGACGGAACUGUCACUUCAGAGCCUGCUAAAAUUCAAACUAUAUGGAACCUCAGGGAGAGCAUAGCUGGCGCGGGUUUGGUGCAAGGUUACAUGUUUAAGUACGAUGUUUCGUUGCCAUUAAGAAAUUAUUAUGAUUUAGUCCCACAACUACGAACGAAAUUGAACGGAAGAGCUUCAGUCGUAUUUGGUUAUGGGCAUGUUGGUGACGGGAACAUCCACAUAAACGUAAUAGUGCCCGAAUACACCAAGGAAAUUUGUUCACUACUUGAACCGUACAUUUUUGAAGAAGUUAGUAAAUUUAACGGUUCUAUAAGCGCUGAACACGGAAUAGGAUUCCGUAAACCACACUUCAUUCAUUACAGUAAAGAUCCAUCGGCGUUACAAUUAAUGAAAGAUCUUAAACAGUUGAUGGAUCCCAAUGGAAUAUUGAACCCUUAUAAAGUGUUACCAGAUAUGUAAAUAUACGUGAUCUUGUGAAUAAACUAAUGAUACCUUUUUAAAUAAAAUUUUGUUUAUACUAAAAGC